AUGGGGAACACUACCUCGUGCUGCGUGUCGUCCAGCCCCAAGCUCCGGAGGAACGCGCACUCCCGGCUGGAGUCCUACCGGCCCGACGCCGACCUGAGCCGCGAGGACACGGGCUGCAACCUGCAGCACAUCAGCGACCGGGAGAACAUCGACGAUUUGAACAUGGAAUUCAAUCCUUCAGACCAUCCUCGAGCCAGCACAAUAUUUCUCAGUAAAUCUCAAACAGACGUGAGAGAAAAACGCAAGAGUCUCUUCAUUAACCAUCAUCCUCCAGGACAAAUAGCAAGGAAGUACAGCUCCUGCUCCACUAUUUUCCUAGACGAUAGCACAGUCAGUCAACCAAACCUCAAGUAUACAAUUAAAUGUGUAGCUCUCGCAAUAUAUUAUCACAUCAAAAACAGAGACCCAGAUGGAAGGAUGCUCUUAGAUAUUUUUGAUGAAAACCUUCACCCUCUUUCGAAAUCCGAAGUGCCACCAGAUUAUGACAAACACAACCCAGAACAGAAGCAGAUUUACCGGUUUGUUCGGACACUGUUCAGUGCUGCUCAACUGACCGCUGAAUGUGCCAUUGUCACUCUGGUAUACCUUGAAAGACUUUUAACAUAUGCAGAGAUAGAUAUCUGUCCAGCCAACUGGAAGCGAAUUGUUCUCGGUGCGAUCCUGCUGGCCUCCAAGGUGUGGGAUGACCAAGCUGUGUGGAAUGUGGAUUACUGCCAGAUCCUGAAAGACAUUACAGUGGAGGACAUGAAUGAGCUAGAGCGACAGUUUCUUGAAUUGCUCCAGUUCAACAUCAAUGUUCCCUCCAGUGUUUAUGCCAAGUAUUAUUUUGAUCUUCGUUCUCUGGCAGAAGCAAAUAACCUGAGCUUUCCUUUGGAGCCCCUGAGCAGGGAAAGGGCUCACAAGCUUGAGGCCAUCUCUCGCCUCUGUGAGGACAAGUACAAGGACCUGAGGAGACCCACGAGGAAGCGGUCAGCAAGUGCUGACAAUCUGACUCUGCCUAGGUGGUCCCCGGCCAUCAUCUCCUAA